UAGAGUCAAACAUGGAGGACCGACACAUAGAGUUAUGAGAUCGCCGCUAAAGUUUUUGGAAAAGGUGGAUGCAGGACUGCCUGUUUUGAACCCCGUUCGUUUCCUCGUCAUGCCGUUUUGUUUUUUUUCGAGCGUCGAUGGAAGUUCAACAUUUGUAAUGCAGUAGAAACUUGUGUUAUAUUUGUUGUUGGAGUAAAGGCAGGGGGUUCGACCGCCCCCUCUACCGUCCCAGCAGCGCUAUGCCGUGGGUGAGCAGCUGUAAGCGGAGAGAGAGCUCGGAGCUGCCGCUGCCCCCGGGCUGGGAGGAAGCCAGGGAUUAUGAUGGCAGAGUCUUUUACAUUGACCACAACACUCGACAAACUUCAUGGAUAGACCCCAGAGACAGGAUUACCAAGCCCCUGACCUUUGCCGACUGUGUGGGGGAUGAGCUUCCUCUGGGCUGGGAGGUGGUGUAUGACCAGCAGGUGGGCGUCUACUACAUCGAUCACAUCAAUAAGACAACUCAGAUAGAGAACCCUCGCACACAAUGGCGUCAGGAGCAGGAGCGCAUGUUAAAGGAGUACCUGGUGGUAGCACAGGAGGCUCUCAAUGCUAAGAAAGAGAUGUAUCAGAUCAAACAGCAAAGACUGGAGCUGGCACAGCAAGAGAUGCAGCUCUUCAAUCAGCUCACUCAAGAUGACAACCGCUCCAUCACAAGUUCUCACUCUGGUUCCUCUUCAAAUGCAAAAUAUGACCCUGAGCAAAUCAAAGCGGAAAUCGCCUGUAGGCGUGAGCGGCUCUCCAGACUCAAACAGGAGCUUGCUCAGAUGAGACAGGAGCUACAGUACAAGGAAAUGGGAGUGGAGACCCUACAGGAAAUUGACCGAAAGAUGUCCAGCAGUCAGACCAACUAUAAAUUAGAUGAAGCCCAGGCAAUCUUCAGUGAGCUCCGCAGCAUUAAGAAGGCCAUCAGCACAGGCGAGAAGGAGAGGCAGGACCUCAUCCAGAGUCUGGCCAAGCUGACGUUGAACUUCUGUGACUCCAUUAAUGAGGUGGCCAACAGUGCAGAAACCCUGGGUGACUCCUGUAGUGUGCAACAAUAUACAGAUACUGGUUGUCAGACUGAUUUGAUGGGAGAGUUUGGCACCCAGGAGCCAUCAGUGUUAGCAGACAGAGUCAAACUCAGUUGGCAGUAUGAAGAGGCUAAGAAAAAGAUGUCCAGUAUUCAACAUCAAUUGGCUCAGUUGGACAGUGAGAGCUGGUCUGGGCGAGCAGAAGCUGACAGGGACUUGGACUUUCUCCAGCUUCUGCGGGAGAAGGAGGCGCUGCUUCAGGAGAUAACACUGCUCAGCCAGCAGCAGCAGCAGCACUCCCCAGACACUCUUCUCCAGCUGCAGGAGGAGAAACAUAGACUGGAGGAGGAGGUGCAGAAAGCCCAGAGCAUCCAUAGUCAGGGAGCCAAUCAGAGGAUAUUACAGCAGGAGAAGAGGAAUGUACUUAUGAGACAUCUAGAGGAGGCCACCCGUAUCACCACCUAUCUACACUCUCAGUUGAAGAGCCUAUCAGCCAGUAAUCUGACAGUGUCAUCCAGCAGUAGCCGUGGGUCUUUAGCUUCCAGUCGUGGAUCUUUAGCUUCCAGCCGUGGUUCUCUCAGCUCCGUCAGCUUCACUGACAUCUACGGCCUACCCCAGUAUGACCGUCCAGAGGGCAGCUCUGAUGUUCAAGAUCCUUCUUUCAGAUACCUUCUCCCCUUGGAGACACCCUGUAGGGAGAGUUCAGCCUUUGGCCCGAAACGCUCCCACGACACACCGCAGUCUCUCACCUCUCUCUCCUCUCGGUCCUCGCUGUCCUCUCUCUCACCUCCCAGUUCCCCCAUGGAUACCCCCUACUACUCAGCCCCUCAAGACUGCCCUCUGGCCCAGAUGACUGAGGAGUACAUGGAGGUGGCCAGCAGGGGGUUGAUGAUGGAUGGGCUGCGGAGUCAGACUCAAGCCCAACAACAGACAACACUUCCUGGGGAAGUGGAAAUGGUUGGCCCAGCCACUGCACUGGAGGGGAAGAGCCAUCGAGAUGGAGGGCUCCAGGGCACACACAACUCUACAGGAGUGACUCUGCGCUGUAAGAGUGCGAGUAGAACGAGCAGAAGGGCAAGACGAGUGUCUGCAGGAAUCAAUGAAGAUGUUUUGGCAACAGACAGUGGGGUGUUUGAAGCCUGGAGCAGAAGUAGGACCGAGGAAUCGGAGGAAGUCAAUUUUGCUCAAGACGUCACAGCUUUAGAGCCAGUUCAGAUUCAGCUUGGCCUACUAUAUGAUUCAAAUGGAAUGUUUUUGCUGCUGCAUGUCCUUCAGAUGAGAAAUUUAAGCAAGCCCACUGUAAGAGAUGGAUGCAAAGUAUUUGUGAAGGUUCAUGUUCUCCCAGUGGACUCCAGUCGGCCCUGCACUUACUACUGCUGCAAGGCCCAGGAGCCUCAAUCCCUGCUCAGCUUUAAUGAGGGCUUCCGAAUCCCCCUGAGUGCUGGAGGCCCCAGGGCCCAUGCCUUACAACUAAACCUCUGUGUCAUAGGGCCCCUCGGUCAGGAGGAGCUGCUGGGAUAUACUCAGGUCUUGCUGGCGGACUGCGCAGGCAGCACAGAAAUGCUCUUCCAGUGGCAAAGAGUGCAGAUUCACAGCACAGAGAACCACAGGCCCGAGCACAGCAGACUCAGUCAGCCCAGCCGCAUCAUGGAUGAAGAGGAGGAGAAAGAGGAAGGGCAAGACAGGGUUGAGAUGUCAGUGGUGACUCGUUUGGAGGUGAGGAAGAAAGAGUUACAGAGGAGUGAAGAGGAGCUGGAAAGGGUGGAGGAGCAGGGAGAGGCCAUUUCUAAGAGGAGUUGGCAGGCUGAGUCAGUGGACAGUGGCUGCAGUAACAGUACAGCGUUUGUCACUCCCUGUCCUGAGGGUUUGUGGGCUGAAGGCAUCUGCUUGGCCUCUGGGAGGCGCUAUCUGCAGUCCACUGAAAGAAAUCCCAUUAUAAAGGUGGACGCAGCGACCAACACAGAAGGUGUAUUUCCAGAGUCAAUGAGGAUGUGGCCGAAAGAAAGGGUGGGCCGCUGGGGUCACAGCUCGCCGUUUAUGCGUAGCAGCACAAUAGUGAGAUCUCAGACCUUCUCACCUGGAGCUCGAAGUCAGUAUGUCUGUAGGUUGUACCGAAGUGACAGUGAUAGCUCUACUCUACCAAAGAAAUCUCCCUUUAUCAGAAACACUCUGGAGCGAAGAACUCUGCGAUAUAAACAGCAGUCUCACCGCUUAUCUCUGGCUGAGCAGCCCACGCGUACCUCUCUGGACCUGGAGCUGGACCUCCAGGCAUGCCGUACUCGACAGAGGCAGCUGAGCGAGGAGUUGGCGGCACUGCGGGAGCUCAAACUGCGGCUGGAGGAACCCAUGCAGGGCCCCCGUGGCCCCGCAGACCUCCCUCAUUGGGCCUUACGGGAUGAGCGUUUUCGAAAUCUGCUCCGAGAGGCCCAGAGACAGUCAAAGCAGAGUAGACAGGAGCAAAGGCAAGAGGAGGCAGCCGAGAGGAGGUUGCGGAAAGCUUCAAAGGAGGUUCUGCAAAUGAGGGGCCAGGGUCACAAAGAGCCCCUUCCUGUGCAGACGUUCAAAGAGAAGAUGGCUUUCUUUACCAGACCAAGAUUCAACAUCCCACCUCUUCCAGCUGACGACGUGUGAGAUCCCUUCAGGCCACACUAUCAAAUAUGAAGAAUCAGUCUGUUUUUUUGUUUUGUUUUGUUUGUAUGUUUGUAUUCAUGCCUAUGAAGUAAUUAGAACAUAAAUGUAGUUAUUUCAGCACAAAGAUUCAAAUAUAUUUGAUAUGCAACUUUUGAACAACAGAAAGCUGUACAAAUAAAGCGUGCAUGGUCGUGCGUGUGAUUUUGAGGGUGUGUGUGUGUGUGGUAGUACUAAUGAUCACGUACAGCUAUAUUUUAUAUAAUUAUUGAUAUCUUGGCAAAUUUCCUGCUUGUUUAAAGAGGGAAAUAGCUGUUUUAUAAAAGAAAAACAUCCUUUUUACUCCUAUACGAUGUACUUCUGAUAUUUCUAUGUCUAUGCUUACUUAAGGCUGGAAGACGGGAACAAAGUCAGUUUAGACAAAUUCACUGUACUGUAACUUAUUUUAUAGUACUUUUCCUUGAAGGAAAUAAAAAUGCACCCUUCUUUUUAAUGUAUUUUAUAAAAUCUUAAAACGAAUAGCACUUACUGUAAGUGUUCUUUGACGUACAGUAGAAUGGAAAUUUUGGCUGAUUUUGUUUCUGUUACCUGAUUCUUUAAAGUUAUUUGCUUAAAAUGUCAUUUUUUUUAUCCACUUUUAUCGCAGUUGUCAUUGUCCCUUGAACUGUUAUUCUAUUAAAAUUAUUAAUAUUAAUUAUUACUUGUACUUUUCAAUAUAUAGAUGAAUAUAUGAAACACUGUUUUGAUUUUUUUAUGCUGUUUGUAAAACAUCUGCAGUGUUACCUCUCUUAUGAAUUUACAAGCAUUAAACAGUGAAAGUGCAGCUGUUUUUCAGAAAUGAUCUUUUGAGAUCAGGCCAAUAUUUACUCAUGUUGAACAUGCCUAACCAUCUAAAACAAAACAAUAGUUUUAUCAUUGAAAUGGUGCCAGGUUUUUGGUUUUAUAAGACCAGUGGUCUGCAGUUUUUGGCAUCACUCAUUCUCAAACUUCCUAGUUAAUCUGGGAAUUGGUCUAUAGUCUAAAAAUGUUUUAGACUGUUUUUCUCUAGAUUUGUAUUCUAAAUUGUCCAGAAGAUGGCGUCUCAAACUAAAUUAUGUCUUCAGAUUUGAUGGUAUUUCAAGUAAGCACCACAUUGUGGACUACAAUAUUUGAUCUGGCUCCUCUGGAAUAAAUAAUUGCACAUGAAAUAUUAUACAUUUUCCAUUGUUGUAUCAAAUAGUAAUGAAAUAAUAAUAAUGAAUGUGGUGCCAUGACUUGGGCUUGGGUUAAAUUUAUUCCAACAAGAUUAUUCUGGUCCACGCCAGUGCUCUCCAUGCCUUUUGGUGGUUUUAAAUAAAUGCACAGCAGGAUUAGUUCAAAUGCAUCAGAUAUAGAACAUUAAUGGGGUGGAAAACUACUAUAAACACAAAGAUUGGGAACUGUGUUCUUGUUUAUAAAUAGAGCAGAAUUGCUGUUGUAAUCAGUAAUGGUCUUUUAAGCUGCACAUGGGCCUAAAACUCCCUUAUUAAAGAAAUAU